CAACAUGACAAGACUAGACAUGGAGCACCACAUGUUCCUUCAAACCCUAGCUGCAAGGAGGAUAGUAUCCGAGAGAGAAGCACACGAACUAUUGAUCAAGUGCUUCGAACUUGCAGGUUUGAACAACCCCAACACCCAGACUCAACUACAAGACCACAUAACCAGAAUAAACUCACAACUAUCAGCUUUGUUUCUGGAGAUAAGAAAAGGAACCUGCGAGAACAGCGGCACUAAAUAUUACUGCUUUGUUAACAACCAAGAGGACGAGAUCUCUAAACUCUGCUCCAACUAUGCACCCCUAGACUUUGCGUACUUCCGUAAAAUAAUCGAACAGAUGAUAUUAUCGGACGAGGGCUGUGUCCAGAGCACAGAUUCUCUGACUCUAUGUAAUAGUCUUCCUGAACAGAAAAAGAUGACCUAUGUCCACGCCAAGGCUCUGUUGCGUGGGUGGUGCAGUGAGCGGUGGCUUAUUGAGGACCGCAGUAACAAUUCAUUCUUGCUAGGUCCCCGGGCACUCAUUGAGCUAGGACAGUACAUUCAGUCAGCUUAUGGUGAGCAUGUAACGAGCUGUAGCUUGUGUAGAACUAUCUGCAUCUACGGUACAAGGUGUGAAGAUUGUAAUACCAAGUUCCACUUCCACUGUAAGACGAAACUUGCAGCAAGUUUGGAUCAGCUGAGGUGUCCAAGCUGCAAAGCUGAGUGGUCGUAAAGUGUGAGAGUGGUGCUCGUUAAGGUAUGCAGAUAACGUGACAGGGUGUUACAUUUUUAGAUUUUUAAACUUUUGAUUUAUUUCAAAUUUGUUAUUUUGUUUACUUCACAAUGGGUGAUCAAGAAAGCAGAAAGUUUUUUUACCAUUUUAAAAGUUUUCUAUAAUCACUACCAUUUGCAAGACCCAUUACCCUUUCCCAGGCAUGUCGGCAUUUUUAUCGACGUUAUUUUAACAUUUUUUGACGUGAAAAUAAUAAUAUUUAUUCAGUUUAAUUGUGCUAGGUGUAAAUGAUCAGUGCCUUAAAUUGUUUAAUUGUGCUAGGUGUAAAUGAUCAGUGCCUUAAAUUGUUUUUUUGGUUUAAUUAGCACUUGUUCUCAUGUAAGGUUCAUUAGUCUUUAUUUCAUUUGUUAUCACCAUAAAAGGCGGAUUUGUUUCAUAUAAUAAAAUAAUAGUUAUAUUUCGUUAUUUUAAAUAGCUGUCCACAUUUUGUUUUGAGUCUUUAAAAGCAGCUCAGUAAUUUACAUACUGCAGCUUUAUAAUGGUCAGUGAACAGCGCGAGCGAGCAGUCGCUAGCACUAAGUAUCCAAAUGUUAUGUUAUGUUAAUUUUAAUUCGUAACCAUUGGUAAUCAAAUUGUGUAUUACUUUGGGUACUUUACAAUUCGCAAGUGCUUUAUAAUUUUACAUGUGCAGUGUUUAAUUGGGUGUGUUCCAAUUUAAU